AUGUCUUCCCCAGAGGCCCGUGCUGGCGUCAAGCGACCUCGCACCCAGUCGCUCCCCCCUCCGGCUCUCCCUCAGCUGGUCGCUGAGCAGCACACCGCUAUCCCUCCUACCGACAAGGAUUCUCAGCGCCUCAUUGUCGUUCUCUCUAACGCCAGUCUCGAGACCUACAAGGCUUCACAUGGCGGCACCGGCCGUAACGGCGUCCAACGUGAGGAGAAGUACUCGCUACUCAACAGCGACGAGCAUAUCGGAGUUAUGCGCAAAAUGAACCGCGACAUUAGUGACGCGCGCCCGGAUAUCACACAUCAGUGUCUCCUGACCCUGCUCGACUCCCCCAUCAACAAGGCCGGCAAGCUUCAGAUAUACAUUCAUACCGCCAAGGGUGUCUUGAUUGAGGUCUCGCCGUCUGUCCGAAUCCCGCGUACGUUCAAACGCUUUGCUGGUCUGAUGGUUCAGCUGUUGCAUCGCCUGUCCAUCCGCUCGACCAACUCGCAGGAGAAGCUGCUUCGUGUCAUCCAGAACCCCAUCACCGAUCACCUUCCGCCCAACUGCCGCAAGGUGACGCUCAGUUUCGAGGCCCCUCUGGUACACGUUCGGGAUUACAUCGACACGCUCGCCCCCAAGGAGAGUGUUUGCGUCUUCGUUGGUGCCAUGGCAAAGGGUGCCGAUACCUUUGCUGAUGGCCUCGUCGACGAGAAGAUUUCCAUCAGCAACUACAGCUUGUCCGCCAGCGUUGCUUGCAGCAAGUUUUGCCACGCUGCUGAGGAUUCCUGGGACAUUCAGUAG